AUGGUCUUGCAUUCGCGUGGAAUACUUCCGAUGCCGUGCAUGGGGCCGUGGGAGGGGACGGGGUCCAUCCUGCCGAUCUGGCAGAAGGGACCUGCAUAUUUAAACGCCCGUCCUGCCAUCGUCGGUCCUGAAAGGGUCGUUAUGAAGCGAGGGAGGGACCGACCUAUGCGCUCCCCAUCUCUCACCCACCUCCUCCCCCUCCUCCCCCUCCUCCUCUCCACCCUCACCACCGCCGCCCCAUCCUGCCCAACCUUUGAAUCCUUCUCCGCCUCCCUCAAACCCCUUCUCACCACAUCCACCCUCUCCCAACAACCCAUCCAACGCUGGUCCGACUACGGCGCGCCCACCCCGGCCUUCAUCGUCACCAUCAACGCCGAAGCGGACGUCCCAGCAGUCAUAAAAUACGCAUCAACCAACAACCUCCAAUUCCUGCUCCAAUCGCGCGGCAACGGAUGGGCCGACACUUUCAACCUCGGCCCCUGCGGCAUCCUCAUCAACAUCGCCCCCCUCAACACCAUCACCUUCAACGCCGACAAAACCCUCGCCACCAUCGGCGGCGGCGCGCUCACCCAGGACAUGGUCAACGCCGCCUACGGCAACGACACGCGCUUCGCGAACCCGACAUGUAACUGUCUCGGCUACCUCGGCGCCUCGCUCGGCGGCGGCUUGACGCGCGCAAUGGGCCUCUACGGCAUGGGCGUCGACCAGCUCGUUUCCGCGAACCUCGUUCUCGCGAGCGGCGAAAGCGUCGUCGUGUCCGCGACGCAGAACCCGGACCUCUUCUUCGCCGUGCGCGGGGCCGUGGGCAAUUUCGGCGUCAUCACCUCCGCGGUCGUGAAAGCGUACCCUGUCGCGGGCGGGCAGAAUGGGAAUGUCGCAUGGCAGGGCAGUUUAACGUUCGCGGAUAACCAGCUUGAAGGGCUCGUGCAGGCGAUUCACGAUCUCGAUCUGCAGCCGGAUAUGGAGAUUGAUUUCCUCUUCUCUGUCUCCCCCGGUGUUGGCGCGGCCGUGACGGCGAUCCCGAUUUUCUUUGGGGACACGGCGCAGGCGGAGAAGGCUUUUGCGCCCAUCUUGGCGCUUAAGCCGGCGGUGGCGAAUCAGGCGGCCAGCGUGCCGUAUAAUCAUUGGGCUGAUUUCGGGGAUACUUUCUGCACGCCUGGGUUGAGGAAGCCUGUGUAUGGCUCGUCGCUAUCGCGAGCGGGGCUCGAUCCGAAGACGUGGAGGGCGGUGUUUGAGGAGUUCAAGACGUUCACGACCACGUAUCCUGAGGCGGUUAAUAGUAGUGUGUUGGCAGAAUACUAUCCGGUGCAGAAGGCGGUGCAGCUUGGGGGCGCGUACCCGCAUCGGGAUAUCCCGCUGCAUAUUGUGGUUAUUCCGUUGUAUGAGGAUCAGAAAUUGGAUGGGGCGGCGCAGGCUUUUGGGGAGAAGGCGAGGGCGUUGUUGAGGGCUACUGAUCCGAAGCUGGAGAAUGGGACAUACAUCAACUUCGCGCACGGCGACGAAACGCUGCAGGAGAUCUACGGUGAGAGCCUGCCGAAACUGCAGCAGUUGAAAACGCAGUAUGAUCCGCACAAUCGGUUUAAUCAGUAUUUCGAUAUCACCGCUGGUGGGAGUGGGACUCAACAUGUUUCGUCGGCAAGGCGGAGGUGGUAG